AUGGUCACUCCAAACCUUGAUUCGGCCUCAGGUGCCGGCCAAUACCAGGAUCAUCCAGACGCACCCCUGCCGAUCCGGGUGGAGCAGUCGGAAUCGAACUCGAGAUCGGAGCAGAGAUCAUCUUCAACGCAAACGCAAACUCAAGCCGAGGAUGAACACGACUACAAUUGCGAAAGCGCCAGUGAAGCUGACUCCCAACCAGCAUUGGCUCAAUCAGAACCCCGUCCUAUCGAGGAUGACGAAGACGAUGACUCCGUCGCUUUUGCUGCAGCUUCGCGGCCCCGCCAUGCAUGGCAGAUAUGGUGGUUGCGAAAUAAGGGUAUGGGGCUUGUCCUGCUGGCGCAGGCCUUCGCUGCGUCCAUGAAUGUCAUGACCCAGGUCUUGGAAAUUCAUAGUGCUAUGCAUCCUUUCCAGAUCCUCUUCGCCCGCAUGUCCAUAACAGCAAUCGCAAGCUACCUAUACAUGUACUUCGCCUCAACACCCUCCCCACUCGGCACCCGCCCAGUCCGCGGUCUCCUCCUCCUCCGCGCCCUCUUCGGCUUCACAGGCGUCUACAGCCUCUACUACUCCGUCCAAUACCUCCCCCUCUCCGAAGCAACAGUAAUAACCUUCCUCUCCCCAAUAAUCUCCUGCUACGCCUGCUCGCUCCUCAUCCCCGGCGAGACCUUUUCCCGGAAACAGCUCGUCGCCGGUCUGAUCUCCCUCGGCGGUGUCGUGCUCAUCGCCCGUCCCUUCAGCAAGCGCGACCCACACACCGCAAUUGCAACCCCAACCGCCGCAGCCGCAUGGGCAUUAGGCUUGUCCACUUCGACUGUCGAUAAACCCCCCUCCGAAACAGACUCCUACCACCACGUCAUGGCGACAAUCGUCGCUUUGGUCGGCGUGCUCGGCGCUUCAGGUGCUUACUCUUCUAUCCGUAUGAUCGGCCGUCGUGCGCACCCCCUCGUGUCCGUGACUUACUUCUCGUCCGUGACGACGGUUAUUUCUCUCGUUGCGAUGCUGACCGUGCCUUCUGUGCCAUUCCGGGUGCCUAAUACGGUGGUGGAGUGGUCAUUGCUGACAGGGCUGGGUGUCUGUGGGUUCCUGUUGCAGUUUUUGUUGACGGCGGGAUUGUCGUAUGUCCCGCCUGCGUCUGUCUCGGAUGGGAAGCCUCAGGGGUCGCGUGCUACAUCGAUGGUUUAUAUGCAGAUGUUCUUUGCGGUGUUUUAUGAUAAGGUUGUCUGGGGGAGUACCCUUAGCCCGAUUAGUUGGGUUGGAUCUGCGAUCAUUUUGGCAUGUGCGGUUUAUGUGGCGUUUGCGCAUGAAAGUCCUGUGCAACAGGGUGGGCCUGGGAGUGGAGUGGACGAGUAUCGGGAUGUAGAGGGAUACAAGGACGCCACCGACGAAGAGAGCGCUGAGGGGUCAGGGCCAAGGAAUUGA